AUGCAGCUCGCCUUGACGCUCCUGGCGCUCGCCGCCGGCGCUUCGGCCGCGCCGCUCAAGGGCAUCGACCGCGCGACCAUUCAGACUGAAUACGACUUCAUCAUCGCUGGAGGCGGCACAGCCGGCCUCGUCCUUGCGAACCGCCUUUCCGAGUCCGGCAAGCAGCGGGUCCUCGUCCUCGAAGCGGGGCCGAACCCCGAGGUCGUCUCGGCCUACAAGCCGCCGGGCGGCAACCAGUUCCUCGGCGGCACCGCCAUCGACUGGUCCUUUUACACCACCCCCCAGGAGCACCUCGACAACCGCAUCCUCAGCUAUCACCGCGGGAGGUGUCUCGGCGGCAGCAGCGUAAUCAAUGGCUUCUACUACGGCCGCGGCAGCGCCUCCGUGUACGACGACUGGGUCAAGAUCGGUAACCCGGGAUGGGGGUGGAGCGACGUCUACCCGUUGUUCGUCAAGGGCACGCACUUCAACCCCCCAGACGACCACAAGGCCAAGGGCUUCGACACCUCCUACAAGACCCACGAGCCCUCGGCCUACGGCGACGGGCCCCUCCAGAUCGGGUUCCAGGGAUACGUGCCGCCCUCGGGCGUCGGCUUCAUCGAGGCCGCCGCCGACGCCCUGCAGAUUCCCAUCGUCAAGGACUACAACACGGGCAACAGCACGGGCGUCAAGCAGGGCACCGGGCACCUCGACGCCAAAUUCAUGCGCAGCUCCAGCUACGACAGUUACCUCAAGCAGGCCCUCGGCCGCCAAAACCUCGAUGUGCUGUACUCGGCGCCCGUCUGGAAGGUCAACUUCGACACGUCCAGCGGGAAGCCCCGCGCCCAGGGCGUCGCCUUCAUGGACCACCCCACUGGCGCCGUCUACGAGGUCAAGGCUAAGAAGGAGGUCAUCGUCAGCGCCGGUGCUUUCAACUCACCUCAACUGCUGAUGGUUUCUGGAGUCGGCCCCUCCGCCCAGCUCAAGGAGUUCGGCAUCGAGCCCGUCCAUAUCAACGAGAACAUCGGCCAGCACCUCAACGACCACUCCGUCUUCAGCAUCAUGGCGACCUCGACCCCCGAGUUCUCCACCUCGGACAUGGCCGCGACCUACGCGGCCCUCCGGGAUGCCCAGAACGAGUUCUACACCAACGCGACGGGCCAGUACACGGCGCCCUCGGGUAUCACCAACGCCUUCCAGAAGCUCUCAGAGGACGAGCUCAACAAGAUCGGCGCGAGCGACAUCGUCAAGGCGGGACUCGGGAACCAGUCGCACAUCGAAUACCUCUUCGAGAGCGUCUUCUACCCCGGCGGCCCCACGCCAUAUUACACGCCACGCAGCAACGAGACGUACAUCUCCCUGACGGCCUCGAGCAUGGUGGCGCUGUCCAGAGGCAACGUCACGCUGCGGUCGAGCUCCAUGGCCGAGUUUCCCAAGAUCAACCCCAACUACUACGCCCACCCGGCGGACCGCAAGAUCGCCGUCGCCUCCUUCCGGUACCUUCGCAAGAUCCUCUCGCACCCGCGCAUGGCGCAGUUCACCGUGGGUCCCAACAAGGGCGAGGUCUCCCCCGGCGCGUCCGUGACGGACGACGACGAGGACGCCAUCCUCGCCUACGUCCGCGCCAGCACGAUCCCCAACUGGCACGCCUCGGGAACGAACCAGAUGCGCCCGGAGGCCGACGGCGGCGUCGUCGACCCCCGGCUGCGCGUCUACGGCGUCGACGGCCUGCGCGUCGUCGACUGCAGUAUCAUCCCCGUCCUGCCCGACGUCAACAUCGUCGCGUCCGUCUACAUGAUCGGGGAGAAGGGCGCCGCGCUGAUCCGGGAGGACUGGAACGAUUCGUGA